AUGGCCAUAUUCCGACUCAUCAACCACAUCCUGGAGACGGUGCGCAAUAAGCAGGACGCAAAACGCAGCAAGUGGGACGCCGAGUAUUACGGCCCCAGCACCACCUACUUCGGAGCCAUUGAGCAGCAGCGAUACCACCCUACACGAUAUGCAGUAGCGCCUGGCGCCCUCCCCGAACAGCGCAGGUCCUGCCGCGAGCUCAAACAGGAGCUGAGGGCUGAGCGCCGUCGGCACAAAGCGGAACGGGUUGCCGUGCGACGCGAGAGGAGGGACUGCCGCCGUGGCGGCGGGGGUUGUUGCAGGCGGAGGCGGGAGGAUGCGGCAGCUGUGUUUGCGCCUGAGACAGUGUCGUCUGGAUCAGUCAGGACUCAGCAGCUCAUGCAUGGAGUAGGCGGGCGAGACUACCACACCGAUAGUAGGCCGGCUGCGAGAUCGGAGCAGGGGCGGGUUGGUGAUCAGCAUCUGCCUCGACAGCAGCCAUCAUCUGUCGAUCAUGUUGGUGACGGAGGGAUGGAGGAGGCGCCUCCGGCUUAUGAGAAGGUGCAGACAGUUCACUAA